AUGUCCUCGUUACUCCCUUCGGUAGUGCGCAAUACUACGACGAUGAUAAAUAAACGAAAAUGUUGCGCGAUAGUUUUACUCUUGCUUUUCCUGGUAAAACUUGUCGCGUUCGCGUUCGUCGCGAUGACGUUCGGGGGGAAACACGCGAGGGAAUUUGCGAGACAGUUUGCGCUGCUUCCAUCGUCAUCAUCAUCGACAAUGAGAACAACCAUAACGAAAAGAUACGACGAGGACAACGAUAACUUUGAGGAGGACGUUUUGGUGUACGAACGGAGAGAAGACGAGAUGUUCCGUCGCGAGACAGACGAUGGAUUUUUCGAUGAUGAGAACAACAACGAUGGGAAGAGGAGGAGGAGGAAGAAAAAUGUCAACGACGAUGACAAUGAUGAAUUCUGUAACGGGAACGCCGCUAUUGCGGUGUACGCGAGUAGUAACGAGGACGAAUACGCUCGAAAAGUACGGUUGAAGUGUUCGAUUGGAUCGUUUCGCGCGCACGCGUGUUUCAAUCCGAAACGGAUAAAGACGGACGAAGCGCACGUCGCGAGAGCGUUUCGAGAGGAGAAAUUUAAAGGCGAAUCGGUAUUCAUCGAAAGCGGGAGUCGGUACGUGAUCGAAGACAAUGAUGGAAAAGUGGAAGAGUACGCGAGCGUGUUAGUGUGUAAGAAAAGUAGCGGUGCAAAAUGCGAAUCGGUAGAUGACGCGUUGCCGAUAUGCCGGGAGGAAACGAGAGGUAAAAAAUUGACGAGGUUGGCGCUGAAAGCGGCGACGGAUGCGGCGAGGUUCGGGUUUCUCGGAAAAGGCGUGAAAGCGAGAAAGUUUCGACCGGUGCCCAGCGAACACGCGCUGAUGAAACAAAUGAACGGGGAAAGAAGGCAAGAGACGUGUUUUUUUAAGGAGGUGGUCGCGGAGAUUAAGAGAGGGUGCGAUGUAGGUGAAAGCGUAAAGAACGACGAAAACGACGAAGAGGAAAGCGACGGAUUGAACGAGCUCGUGAGAGGCGGGUACCUCGUUGGAUUCAAAGGCGUCGCGAUGGUGAAGAAAGUUAAACCGGAUACGGACGAGUGCCGCAGUGGUGAGAGUAGUAGUAGUACUAGCAGUAGUGACGACAACUCGGAGGACGACGGGGAAGACGCGUCCUCUUUUGUCGCCGAAAAGAAACUCGAGUUUCUCGUCAUCGAAGACAUCACGCGGGGCAUACAAAACGCCUCCAUCGUGGACGUCGACGUCAGUGGUGCACCAGCUUCGGUCUGUCGCUAUUGCUCUUUAGACGUGAAGAACUUUCGUCUCGGCGAUGGCAUCACCAGUGGCGACCGGUUCUUCUGGAAACGCGAAGCGAGGUGCGUGAGCUCCAAAAUUUCCGACGUGUUUGAGAACGUCGUCUUGAACGCCCGGUCCUUCUUAGGGGAAGCCGCGGACGGUAAAAUCUUUGCCGCUUUACUCAAGACGGAAGUCGAAAAUAUCGUCGAACUCAUGCGCAAACAACGAUUCGUCGAAUUCACGGACAGUUCCCUCCUCCUCGCGUACGGCUUGUGCCCGAAAACGGGCAAACCAAAAGUGCGCGCUCGCGUCAUCGAUUUCGGCCACGCCACGUGGCAAUCCAUCGCGUCCUCGCAAAACACGUUACCAUCGAACAAACCUUGGACCUUAUCCAAAUCCGUGGACAGCUCCAAGUUCACCUGCGGCGCGGAAGAGCUCAUGCACAGGCUCGAUUACAUCGCCACCGGCAAACCAGCGCCGAAACGAUGCUUAGCCGCGUGCUUGAACUAUUGCGACGCGAGCAAAGCCGAAGGCGGGUACUCGUGUCGCUCUCGAGCGAAGAAGGAUGAAAACCCGAUCGGUGAGGAGAAAGAGAAGAAUUGCCCGUGGGAGUUUAAGAGCGACUAUUAUUCGUAG